AUGAAUGAGUACAACUCCAAAUUAUUUGAGAGAGUCGCUGAAAAGUUGGGGUGGACGACCGAUAAGGGAGGACUGGAUGCAGCAGAAAAGAAGCUGAUACAUGAAAUUGGCAAGUCUCGUCAUGGUGCCACAAGUGAUUACCGACCUGAGGAUGAGUCAGCCUGGCCUGCCCAGCUGUUCCACUCUGACAGUGAAGAUGAUCCAGAGAAGGAGAACCAGUACUCAGGGGGCAAGGAGUACAGAAAUAAGGCUUUGAUCGAGUCCAGUGAUGAUGACUUUGACCAGUUACUUGUGGCAAGGGCUACUCCAAAAGCUAAACCUACCUCACAGAAACCACGCAGUGCUGUAAAGAAAGAAAGUUCAAAUGUGAUUGUGGUGAGCUCGGACGAUGACGACAGUUUUGAGAAAUUUCUGCAUAAAGUGAAAACUCCUAAAACCAAGCCUAAGAAAAUAUCAGAGAGUGCGAGUGAAGACAGCCUCGAAAAAUUCAUAGUGGAUGACUACACAUCAGACGAGGACUUUAUUGAGGCAAAAUCAUCUUCUAAAGUACCUAAGAAGCGCAACACUCCAGCAGCCCAUCAGUCACUGAGGAGACCACUGUCUGAGUGGAACUCUCCAGUCUUUGUUAGCGAAAGUGAUGAUGAUGAUGAUAAUAUUGUAGUCAAGAGCACUUGGAGAACUCGACACUCAAAGCCUAAGACCCUGCCAAAGUCUAACAAGAAGAGCGGUGCACUGUGUGACUCGGAGGACAGUUCACCAAAACAGUUUUUGCCUCCAGUUCCUUCUCCAUUCACUCAGCCAUCCCACAAAGCCUUAACAUCACUGGCUACUCCCAGACGUACUCUGUCAGCUCCUUUCAAACUGGAUGAAUCAGGCAGUUCUGAAGAGGAGUUCAUGUCCCUGCUGGAUAGACUAAAAAAGAAAAACAAGUUCCCUGACACUGCAUGCUCACCUAAGAACAUCAAAGAAUGCAGUAAGGACCCUCCCGUGUCAGUUCCUUCCAUAAAGGGGCCAACAACACCCAUUCCAGGGAAAUCCACCAUCUUGAAGCCCAAAGUCAGUCAGACAGAGCCUAGACACGGCCCCAGCAGCAGGUUAGCACUGUGUAAAACCCCAGGUUGCUUCUUGCAGUCUCUCUCAAACCCUGGUGCCAACUAUAGCCGUAAUUUCAAGCAGAACAAGGCAGACCUCACCAACAAACUCUACCAGCUGUACAAUACCAGUGUAUUUGAUAGUAAGUUUCCCACAAAUAUGUCGGUGACUUGGAAUAAGAAGAUGCGGAAAACAGCUGGCUACUGCAUCACUGGGCAGGAGCGAGGGGGAGGGAGCCGCUACGCUCGCAUUGAACUGUCAGAAAAAGUCUGUGAUUCUGCAGAUCGUCUCAGAGACACACUGAUUCAUGAGAUGUGUCAUGCUGCAACGUGGCUCAUUAAUGGCGUCAGGGACGGACACGGGCCGUUUUGGAAACUGUAUGCUCGCAAGUCCACAGUGGUGCAUCCUGAGCUGCCCAUGGUCACUCGCUGUCACACCUAUGAAAUCAAGUACAAAUUCCAGUACCAGUGCACCCGCUGCAAGAAUACGAUUGGCCGUCAUUCCAAGUCAUUGGACACACAGAGGUUUUCGUGUGCUCUCUGCACUGGUCAGCUUGUCUUACUGACGCCCUCCACGCCACGCCCUCCCACGCCUUUUGCCAAUUUUGUCAAAGAGAAUUAUGGGAUUGUACGACAAAACCUGGCAGGACAAAGCCACGGAGAAGUAAUGCGUAAACUUAGUGCCGACUUUGCUUCAAAGACUAAACUGAGUCAAAGUUGAGUUCAUCCCUGUGACAGAAACAGAGUAAAACACAGAACCAUGGUAAACCUGUU